AUGGCUCGGCUCCCCUAUUUGGCUUUCCUUGUGAGACCUGCGAAGGAGACCUGCAAUGCCUCCUCCACACUCACCAGCCCGCCAGGCCUCCUCGACUACGUUGCCAUCCACUCUUGCCUCCUCCGUGGCGGCUCCCGACUCUCCCUCCCGCUCCUCGCACUCCUCCUCCUCCUCCAGUUUUGCCUCCUCACCGCCGCAGCGGGGGCCCACUUCAACCCCAUCAUCUCCCGCCUAGCUGCCAGCCUUCGCCUCUCUCCUUCCAUGGCCGACAUCACUGUCCUCGCUCUCAACAACGGCACACCCGACGUGUUUGCCUCCGCCACCGCGCUCGGGGGCACUGUCGGGAUGCCCAGGGCGGGGCUCGUGGCCAUCCUCUCCACCGGCGCAUUCGUCUCCGCAUUCGUCGUGGGUGUCUUCACGCUCUUCUACGCCUUCUUUAUAGGGUUAGUGUUCUACAUGCAUUGGGUGCAGAGCGGAUGGCAUGUGAACUCUGCUGAGUUGGAGAUGGUGAAUGGCAUUGUCCGUGUGGUGACAGACUUUCUAGUCACAAUGGAGGAUAGCAAGCAAAAGGACCCUACUUUGUGUGUGGUGCUCAACAAGAACAAGCAGCGGCGGCUGGAGGAUAUGCUGUUGCCUAGAAAACAACAAGCAGUGGGGUCACAGUUGGCUAAGAGCUUGAACGUUGAGAAGUUGCUUUUCUUCUCUGAGAGCUUGAUCCUCCACGCAAUGGUUGCCUUGGCUGAGAUCUAUCAAGUUGAGACAAGCUUGAAGCAGGUGGUAAACCCAUGGAAGUCUAAAAUUGCACAAGUUAUAGUAUAG